CGGCCUAAUAAAUGCGCACGCGCAGCAGCGCUGUCCUCUCUCUUUCCUGCACACAUUGCCACGUUAUUAGCGGCAGACACCAAAUUCAAGCGACACUUCAGACUGUUAAAGGUGAAAGAAGACCCGCCGCGCUAACAAUCUCCCCUGUUUCCAUCACGGUAUUAUUAAUAGCUGGCACGUUUGGAGGUGAUCCGAGAUGCUGAAGUUGUUGAUUGUGUGCGCACUGGCCGCUAUGAGCGCGGCUGAUAUCGCUGAGGAGGAGGACGUGCUCGUACUGAAGAAAAGUAACUUCGAGGAGGCGCUCAAAACUUACCCAAAUAUCCUUGUUGAGUUUUAUGCACCAUGGUGUGGGCACUGCAAGGCCCUGGCCCCCGAAUAUGCCAAAGCAGCUGGUAUGCUGAAAGCUGAAGGCUCAGACAUCAAACUAGCAAAGGUGGAUGCAACAGAGGAAUCUGAACUCGCUCAGGAGUUUGGUGUUCGUGGAUAUCCCACCAUCAAGUUCUUUAAGGGAGGAGAGAAGGAGAACCCCAAGGAGUAUUCUGCUGGCCGACAGGCUGAUGACAUCGUCAACUGGCUGAAAAAGCGAACUGGCCCGGCAGCUACUACUAUAACUGAUGUGACACAGGCAGAGUCUCUUAUUGCUGAUAAUGAGGUUGCAGUCAUUGGGUUCUUUAAGGAUGUUGAAUCAGAAGAUGCCAAGACCUUCAUUAAAACCGCAGAGGCUGUGGAUGACAUCCCCUUUGGCAUCAUCUCAGAUGAUGCAGUCUUUUCGAAGUUUGAAGUGGCCAAGGAUGGUGUUGUUCUUUUUAAGAAGGUAAAGAAGGUUCUCUACUUUGUAACUCUGCUGACUAAAUUUCAGAGAACUUAUUCAUAUUUGUUUAUAACUUUAUAUUAAUGGAUAGUAGCUAGG